UUGAAUUAGUGGAGAGUGAUCGUUAGAUUUCAAGUUCACAGUCAUAUAAGCAGAGAAAGCUUCAAUGGAUCUAUUUGUGUUCCUGGUGCUCUGUAUCUCCUGUUGGCUCCUUUUUGCAUUCUGGAAACAGAGUUCUGAGAAAAGACAUCUCCCUCCUGGCCCUACCCCUCUCCCAGUUCUUGGAAAUAUCUUCCAGUUAGAUAUUAAGGAUGUCAGCAAAUCCCUGAUCAAUCUCUCAAAAAUCUAUGGCCCUGUGUUCACUGUAUAUUUUGGCAUGAGGGCUACUGUGGUUCUGCAUGGAUAUGAAGCAGUGAAAGAAGCCCUGGUUAAUUUUGCGGAAGAGUUUUCUGCAAGAGGAAAUUUCCCAGUAGCUGAAAGAAUUAAUAAUGGAAAUGGAAUCAUUACCAGCAAUGGGAAGAAAUGGAAGGAUAUCAGACGCUUCUCUCUUAUGACCCUAAGGAAUUUCGGGAUGGGAAAGAGGAGCAUUGAGGAUCGUGUUCAAGAAGAAGCCCACUGCCUUGUGGAGGAGUUGAGAAAAACCAAUGCAUCACCAUGUGAUCCCACUUUUAUCCUGGGUUGUGCUCCCUGCAAUGUGAUCUGCUCUAUUAUAUUUCAGAAUCGUUUUGAUUAUAAUGAUCGACAUUUUCUAAAUUUAAUGGAGAAACUUAAUGAAAACUUCAGUCUUUUGAGUUCACCAUGGUUGCAAAUAUGUAAUGCCUUCCCUGUUCUCCUCGAUUAUUUCCCAGGAAGCCAUAACAAAGUAUUUAAAAAUGUUGAUUUCAUAAAAAAUUAUAUAUUUGAGAAAAUAAAGGAACAUCAAACAUCUCUGGACAUUAGUAAUCCUCGGGACUUUAUUGAUUGCUUCCUGAUUAAAAUGGAACAGGAAAAGCACAAUCAAAGCUUGGAGUUUACUUUAGAAAAUUUGACACUUACAGCAGCUGAUCUAUUUGGAGCUGGAACAGAGACAACAAGCACUACUCUGAGAUAUGCUCUUCUCCUCCUGCUGAAGUACCCCGAGGUCCUGGCUAAAGCCCAACAGGAGAUUGAGCAAGUGGUUGGCAGACACCGGAGCCCCUGCAUGCAGGACAAAAGCAGCAUGCCCUACAUGGAUGCCUUGGUGCAUGAGGUUCAGAGAUUCAUUGACCUUGUCCCCCUCAACCUGCCCCAUGCUGUGACCCGGGACAUUAAAUUCAGAAACUAUAUUAUCCCCAAGGGUACAACUGUAAUUACAUCACUGACUUCUGUGUUACAUGACGACAAAGAAUUCCCUAAAGCUAAGGUGUUUGACCCAGCCCAUUUUCUAGAUGAGAAUGGAAAAUUUAAGAAAAGUGACCACUUCUUAGCUUUUUCAGCAGGAAAACGUUCGUGUGCAGGAGAAAGCCUGGCCCGCAUGGAAUUGUUCUUAUUCCUGACCACCAUUUUACAGAAAUUUAACUUGAAAUCUGUGGUUGAUCUUAACGACCUUGACAUUACCCCUGUUAUGAAUGGAUUGACUUCUGUGCCACCAUUUUUUAAGAUCUGCUUUGUUCCGGUGUAAGGAGAAUACAGCGUCUAUUUCUGCUAUUAUUUUGUUUGAAAUCCCCUCUAUUUGGAGUGUGGUUCACCUCUUUCCUGAAAUGUUAUCUUCGUUCUUUCUUUCCCUCAAAGUCCCUUUUCUCAAGACUCAAAAACAUCUGACCUUCAUUAAAGAUGUUUUUGCAGUUUCUCU